CUCUCUCUCUCUCUCUCUCUCUCUUUCUCUGUAUCUCUGCUUCAUUCCAUGAAUUCUUAGUUUUCGUUUGAUGUAUGAUAUGAUGAAUCGGAGUUCUUCCAAGGACUCGCUGAUCGGCGCCGGUGGUCGGAAUCAUAGUAAUAACAUCAAUCAUAAUGCUACCACCAACGGAAUAUUGCCUCAUCGACGAGCGAUGUCUUUCACCAAAAACAAUGCUGCUGAGAAUUUCAACAGCAACAACAACAUGGAUCUCUUCUCUCGUAAUCGGACUAGUCUCCCACUCGCCUCUUCCGACGAAUCUGACUCUUUAUAUUUAACAGUGCAAGUGAGAUUAGCGAGACUUUCAGUUGGAUCAGCAAAACCUGCGAAGAGCAUAUUAGAUGACAUGCUGUCAUCUAACGAAGGGGGAAAACAUGACUACGAUUGGCUCCUCACUCCCCCAGGAACGCCUCUCUUUCCUACUUCGGAUGCGAAAGGGUCUCAACCAACACCAGUCACUGCAAGAAGCAGGUCUUCGGUUAGAUCAAGCUCUACAAACAAGACUUCAAGGCUUUCUGUAUCUCAAUCUGAGAGCAGCCAUCCUUCAAGACCAGCAAGAAGCAGUUCGGUGACUCGCUCAUCCAUCUCUUCCACCCAAUAUACAAGCUACUCUAGCAGAAACACUAACAUUCUAAACACCAGCUCUGCUUCUGUCUCUUCUUACAUAAGACCAUCCACCCCAACCAAUCGCUCUUCCUCAACAGCAAGACUCUCUACCCCAUCUACCCGUACAACACCAUCACGAGCCUCAACUCCUUCUAGAACCCGGCCAUCUCCCACCACUGCUUCCAAUGAGAGACCAACAAGAUCUUCUCAAAACUCAAGACCUUCAACUCCUAGUUCCCGACCACAAACACCUGGAAACCUGACUUCACCCACCAUUCGACCACCUUCCAGGCCAUCAACUCCCACUCGUAGGAGCCUAACUCCUUCUCUCUCUCCAUCUACCCCAUCUUUGGCUUCUGGUGGACGUGGGUUAUCUUCAAAUGGCCGCAAUGUGGGGUCCACUUCCAGACCAAGCUCUCCUAGCCCACGUUUACGCCCACCACCACAGCCUAUCAAUCUCCCUGAUUUCCCCCACGAAACACCACCAAAUCUUCGAACAACUUUGCCAGAUAGGCCUCUCUCUGCUGGUAGGUCCAGACCAGUCGUGAAGGGAAAUCUAGAGACUUCAAACACUGCAAGUAUCACAAGAAGACAUUCAUCCCCCAUUGUUAGCAGGGGACGGAUUGCAGAACCCCCCGGAAGGGGGCGCCCCCAUGCCAAUGGGCAUGUGACGGAGAGUUUAGAGCCUCGAAGAACUUCACAGUUGCCUGAGUCGCUCACAAGAAGACCUAUAAAGUCUUCAAAUUCAGAGAAUGGUACAGGCUUUGGGAGGAAUAUCUCGAAGAAAUCACUGGAUAUGGCAAUUAAACAUAUGGAUAUAAGAAAUGGAGGUGCACGCCCCCUUUCGGGUUCAACACUGUUUCCUCAAAGCAUUAGGUCGGGCAACUCCAGGACCCAACCUGGACGUGCCAUAAGUGCACCAGGAUCUGUCGAUGGUUCCAUUAAUGGUGAAAAUGGAAACUACACAUGGAAUAGAGUAGUAGAAGAUCAAAGUCCGCAUUCUUCUAAGCUAUCAUCAGAAGUGGACAUCUACGAGAGUUCCAGGUAUGACGCAAUUUUACUGAAAGAGGACUUGAAGAACACGAGUUGGCUGCAUAGUGCCGAUGACAAGAUUGACGAAAGUCCAUUGUUUGAUAAUGGAUUCGAGACACUCCCUGAACCUUUUGGGCCCUUGUGAAGAAAUAUGGUUUGUUUCCUUUCUCAUUUCUGCUUCAUAUUCAUUUAAUUACCGGUCACAUUUAGCAACAGAAAAGAAAAGAAGAGAAGAAAAACAUUAAAAGAGAGCGGGCUUCGUGUAUCUAUUAAUCUUUCUCCUAAAUAUUGAUGUGAAAUUUAAGCGCUUGUUGGUU